GAGAACCAAAGACUCGAGGAAAUACUCUCAUGGGACGACGGGCAACUCGAGAAUCGGCUUGCUUGUCUAGAUUGGGUGUUCCCAGUGGCAUUUCAAUCAAGUAUGCUCGAUCAGCAGACACUCAUCUACGUUCGUAGCCACAACGGAAUACUACAGAACAUGAGAGCAUCACUUGUCCGCAUGAUGGCCUUCUACGGGUUUGAUGUGAGUUGGGAUCAAGAUGACGACUUCAGAUUUAAACUCAGCUUUGUGCGAGACAACCCUGAGCUAGUGGGACGUUGGCUGAAGGAAGCAGACCAGAACCACACACAUAUUAAGGGCAUUAUCUGGAGCCUUCGCCUGUUUGGCUUAUCCGAGGAAGCGCAAAGGGUCUAUGAAGCAUUUAUUUUCGCUAAUGAGACAUACGGAAGCCCUGUUGGCGAAGCAUCUCUGGACCAGUGGAGACAAGCCUUCGUCCUUCCUCUGUGCAUCAUUUCGUACGGUUUUCUUAAUUUCCAGCCGAGGUUCUACUCGCUGAAGUUGAACGACGGUAGUCUUACUCCCCAAAGACCACAGAACCCGCAGAACUAAGGCUCGGAUAUUCCGAAUUCACCAACUUCUUCGGAUUACGCAUUUCUGGCUAGCUCUGUG